CAACAAACCAGCCAUACCACAAACCGCCAGGCCUUUCGUUGUUACCGUUCUGCAAGCUAUUUGACCCCAAGAUAGCCCUUUCCUUCUUCGUGGGACCCUUCCCCCAGUAUUGCAGGUUGAAUUCCUCAGGAUUCUGUUUCUGGGCCCCAGGCCUAAACCGCAGGCAGGAUGCAGGCGCCUGUGGUGGUUAUGAACACGGCGAACGGCGAAAGACAAGUUGGGCGAAAAGCGCAAAUAUCCAACAUUACCGCGGCGAAAACGGUGGCGGAUAUCAUCAGAUCAUGUCUCGGGCCCAAAGCAAUGCUCAAGAUGCUGCUCGAUCCCAUGGGCGGCAUCGUCCUCACGAACGACGGCCACGCCAUCCUCCGAGAGAUCGAGGUCGCACACCCUGCGGCAAAGAGCAUGAUCGAGUUGAGUCGGACGCAGGAUGAGGAGGUCGGUGACGGUACAACGACGGUGAUCAUAUUAGCUGGCGAGAUCCUCGCGCAAGCGCUGCCGCAACUCGAACGAAAUAUCCAUCCCGUGGUAAUUAUCCAAGCCUUCAAAAAGGCUCUGUCGGACGCGCUGGCAAUUGUCGAAGAGAUCUCCAUCCCCGUCGACACCUCGAGCGACAAGGCUAUGAUCUCACUCAUUGAAUCUUCCAUCGGCACCAAGACCAUCUCUCGAUACUCGGAGCUCAUGUGCUCGCUUGCCCUGAACGCCGUGCGGACUGUUUCUCAGGACCAGACUUCUAUCUCGAAUGCACCCCAGGCGAACGGUACCGCGAAGUCCCCCCCUGCGCCGGCGCCCGCGAGACCUGUCGAAAUAGAUAUCAAGCGAUACGCACGAGUUGAAAAGAUCCCCGGUGGAGAGAUCGAGGACUCGCGAGUGUUGGACGGAGUCAUGUUGAACAAGGACAUUACACACGCCUCGAUGCGCAGACGGAUAGAGAACCCCCGGAUCGUGCUGUUGGACUGCCCGCUUGAGUACAAAAAGGGCGAGUCGCAGACCAACAUCGAGAUCACGGACGAAGACUCGUGGAACAAGAUUCUACAGAUCGAGGAGGAACAGGUCAAGAAGAUGUGUGACGCGGUGCUGGCGGUCAAGCCGGAUCUGGUCAUUACCGAGAAGGGCGUGUCUGACCUGGCACAACAUUACUUCCAGAAGGCCAAUGUCACGGCACUGCGGAGAGUGCGGAAGACGGACAACAACCGCAUUGCCCGCGCCGUGGGUGCCACCAUUGUGAAUCGGGUUGACGACCUUGUGGAGGCCGACGUGGGCACGGGCUGCGGCCUGUUUGAGAUUGAAAAGAUUGGCGACGAAUAUUUCACGUUCCUCACCAAGUGCAAAAACCCCAAGGCUUGCACGAUCUUGCUUCGGGGACCUUCCAAGGACAUUCUCAACGAGAUUGAACGAAAUCUCCAAGACGCCAUGUCCGUGGCCCGCAACGUCAUGUUCCACCCGCGCCUCUCGCCCGGCGGCGGCGCCACCGAGAUGGCCGUCUCCGUGCGGCUGGCACAGAAGUCCAAGUCCAUCGAAGGCGUGAUGCAGUGGCCGUACCGCGCCAUCGCAGACGCCAUGGAAGUCAUCCCCCGCACACUCAUCCAGAACGCCGGCGCGAGCCCCAUCCGAAUCCUGACCCAGCUCCGCGCGAAGCAGGCCGAGGGCAAGUCGACUUUCGGGGUCGAUGGCGAUACGGGGAACGUGGUGGAUAUGAAGGAAUACGGUGUGUGGGAACCGCAGGCGGUCAAGCUGCAAAGCAUCAAGACGGCGGUUGAAAGUGCGUGUUUGCUGCUGCGAGUGGACGAUAUCUGCGGAGCGAAGAGCGCGAAGCAGGUCGGCGGGAGUGGAUUGGCAGGGGGUGCUGGAGGGGAAGAGUAGAGCCAGACAAAAUGCAAGCAAAGGAGAAUGGAAGAACGAGCAAAAGGAACCGACCUCGCGGUCCCUCUCCACGCGACUGGGGCUUACGAUGUGAAAUGAACAAGAGCACACGGAUGAGAUGAAGAUGAUAUGGCUCGAAGGCCUGGAUAUGACGAGGGCAGCCCUGACGGCCCAAACACAGGAAUCGUGGUCAUACAUCUAUACAGCCAUAGAGUCCCUGGUAUGUGGAAUGUAUUGUCCCGUCCUGAUGUCUACAAGAUUGAUCAGCGCAGAGGCGUCCAGGUCCUGCAAGUCAACGCAUCAGUCUCUGGCUAGGCUUCCUUUACCAUCUCCUGUCCUCUCCUCUCCUCUCCUGAUCGCUCUUCUUCGCGCGAGACUAACUACUAUCACAACAAGAGCUCCCGGUUUCUUUCCC